UAUGUUUUGCGAUAUGCAACUUCUAAUGACAAGUGUUUCUGUUUAUCUUUCCAGAUUUCUAUUAAUUUUCUUGUGCCUUCUGCUUAGUAUAUUGGCAACCAUAGGGACCAUGAGGGAACUGUGUAAUCAGCUGGUUUAUGCAAUGGAAUUGCUGUUAUUGGCGAUUUUAGGUAUUGAAUGUGUGUUACGGGUUUGGUCAGCUGGUUGUAGGAGUCGUUUUCAAGGAACCUACGGAAGAAUUCGCUUUAUAAGACAACCACUGUGUAUAUUAGAUAUUGUAGUUGUGACAUCAACAUUUUUGAUAUUUAUCGUUGGGAGUAAUGGUUGGGAAUUUCGUGCUGAUGCAUUAAGAGGCCUUCGAUUCUUGCAAUUUCUGCGGUUAGUAAGAUUAGACAGAAGAGGUAACACAUGGAAGCUACUUGGAAGUGUUGUCUGGGCACAUAGGCAGGAGCUUCUAACGACUUGGUAUAUUAGCUUCCUAGCACUCAUUGCAAUCUCAUUUUCUGUGUACGCUUUGGAACACAAGGACAAUCCAGAGGACUUUGAAAAUCUCCCAGACUCAUUAUACUAUGGCUUGAUUACUUUAACAACCAUUGGUUAUGGUGACAAGACGCCCACUAACUGGUCGGGAAAGUUGGUGUGCACGUUAUUUGCGAUCUUGGGUGCUUCGUUUUUUGCGCUUCCUGCCGGUAUCCUUGGUUCAGGUUUUGCAUUACAAGUGCAGCAACAACAGAGGCAGAAGCAUUUUGCACGUCGGAGACACCCUGCAGCUCAACUGAUUCAGUGUCUGUGGCGUUGUUAUGCAGCCGACCCCAACUCGAUAUCAGCAGCAACAUGGAAACUUCACCUUCGACCUGUGUCAAGCCCAACAACUGGAAGGAAAAACAGAGAUUCACAGGACAAGUCUUCAACAACCAACAUGCGUUUUAGGACAAACACGCUUAUAUCAAGGUUGUCAAUCAAACGAAACCAUGGCAACAACAGCCCAAUGCCUCAUCGAGGAGAGCGCGGUAGUAAAAAAUUUCCUUGUUCUCAUGAUACCGAUGACGCAAAUGGAAACGAGAAGAAAUACAUGGGAAACGGCAGCCAUCUUGGCCACUGUACAGAUUCUGUGAGGUCAAAAGUCGGAGACGACCAUGAUGAAACUGAAAAGAUAACAAAGUUAGAAGAAAAGCACAAAAAUGCAAUCCGUGCAAUAAGAAAGAUCAAAUACUUUGUAGCUCGUCGCAAAUUUAAGGAGGCACUGCGGCCUUACGACGUGAAAGAUGUCAUUGAGCAGUACUCCGCCGGUCACACGGACAUGUUAGCCAGAAUAAAAAGCUUGCAAGCAAACUUGGACCAAACACUAGGCAAACCAGUUCAAGAGCGAAGGAAAGGACGUCUCGGUUCCAUUGAUGUGUUUGACCCAUCUAUGAGCCUCAAUACUAGAGUAACACGAGUGGAAAGAAAAAUGAAUUUAGUAGACAGAAAGCUGGAUAUGCUAAUAGAGCUGUACAGGGAUGACAAUCAAAGACAUGGCCGAAGAUCAGAUAGCAGUGUUGAAGGUGCUAUUUGUGAAAUGAGUGAGGAAGGAGCAGGGAGCAUAGGUGGUGGGAAUGGGGGCGGUGGAAACAAAAGUGGAGACGGAGGUGAGACUGUUAAAGAUUUGAUUGAUAUUGGAUCGUCCCCAAAAGGAUUCAAAAGACGGUGGAGAGGUGCGUAUAAUAAACCUAGUACGUUGGAAAUCCAAGAUGAGCCCUCAAGCACAUCCUCCGUAGUCACUCCAGUGGAGUCAAUAACCGCAACUGAACUACUCCAGCAACUGUCGACCUCCCAACCGCUGCUUUCACCACCACUACCCCCCACACCGCCUUACAUGUUUAGCAGUGUGUUUAGUCCAACGCUGGAAGUAACCGCAUCUGGCACCAAGGAUGAACCUACGGAAGAGAGCCCACUGAUUGACGUUCCACUUGUAUCAGUUGCACCGUCCAAAGAAACUGACAUGAGGCAAACAAAAUCUGUGGACAUAAAUGCCCUUAGUGAAGAUAGAGAAACAAGAAUCUGAACUAAGGUUGACUAACCAUAAACAUUUUACCUUUAAUUCUGUAUUCAGUCAUUUAAAGCAAAGUAUAAUCCUUGAUAAAUCGGAAACAAGUCACCAGUUUUGUGCCUCCAAAAGCAAAAAUGUGAAACAAUGCAAUUUGGAUGGAUUCCCUCUUUCCCAUAAUUCACUGUGAUAAACAAUGUAUCAAAUAUAAUUAGGCAUUGCUACUUUUAUUCAGUGCUUGCAGUUUGUUAAAUAAGAUACAUCAUGCAUGGUCAUCAUACUCUGUGGCUUCUUGUCAUCUGGUUGUCAAAAUCUUUCAGAGCUGUGGUCAGACGUGUGUAAUACUGUUGACAUUAGGAAGCUUUCGUUUGCACGACGCGGUAGGACGUAGAGCGUAAUGUCAAUAAGAAGUCAUCCGCGCGUUGCAAAAAAACAUUAACUGCUCUUCGUCGCAUGGAUUCUAGGACGCAAUUUGAUAAACCUACGUUGUGCAGAGAACGUAGGAUGGGGACGCAUGAAUGAAUCCAUUCUAGCAUCAUGUCGUUGCGCAAAUCGAAAACUCCCUAGUAUAAACUUGCUGUGUACAAAGGCUUCAUGGACAGUUAGCAGAUUGCUGUGUCACAAUGGUUGCACUGUACUAUCAUUACUAGUUCAAAUACUGAUUCAACUUCAAACUUAUUUAUUUCACAAAAACUUAUACAUACAGAGAGUGAUGUUAUUCUGUGAUUGAACCAAUGUGCUUAAAAGCAAUUUAAUUUUAAAGACAAAUGCUGGAUUGAACCUAAUUUUUUAAAACUCAAUAAUACAUGAAAUAUAAUGUUUGUAAUUACUGUACUGUAAUACAUUAUCUAGAUGAUAUGCACUGAAUAAUAUUGGCUGAAAUAUUUGUACCAAUUGAAGCAUUUUUGUGAAGUACCAGAAGCAUUUCUUCUCCACUACUGGGUAGUGGGCUGGGUACAGCAUACUUUACCAGGCUUGUGCACAGGAUAUCACAGCCUUCAGUAUUUUUUUUGUGUGUGUGAAUUAUACUUAUACAGUAAUUAUAUUUUAUAUUUCAUUUACUUUUAUAUUGAAUUUUUUGGUUAAUUGUGGAAAUAAUGAACAAUCAGCUGGUUAUUUAUUUUUAAUUUGAGCACCUUAAAUACUGCUUUCAGUGGAUAAGUGUGCUGGAUUUGUUUUCAGAUUUUUCAGACAUCAUAUUAAGCAACUUGUGUAAUGUUUUGUAUAAGGCACUGUUGAAAAAAUAGUGACCCAAUGAAUCUAUUUGUGCAUGAAAGUGGCCUGUUUUUUAAAUGUAUUAAUGGCUUCUAGUGAUUUAUUUUUCGAAACAGUGCCAAAUAUUACAUUUUACGCUAAUACCAUUCAAUCACAUUUGUUAUUUCAAACAUCAAAUUUACAUUUAGCAUGUAUAUUUCCUAUAAACACUUUGAUGUCUGCUAUGGCCUUGGAAACUAAAUAUACAAUUAUUUAAAAAGUAUAAUAAAUAAACUUGAACAAGUAGCUGUUGUGAAUGGUAUUGAAUAUCAGUUAUGUUAUUGUUUUUCUCCAUACAGUAUUAUUAUAGCAUCAUUAUCGUUAUUAUCAUAAUUAUUGUAGUAUAUUUUAAUGGUAUACAGGGUAUAAAUUUGAUUAUGCCAACACAGGCACUAUUGCUUAAGGCCAACUCAGACAGCGUCGUACGACGCAGCCCGACGCGAUUUGUUUUCGCAAAAACAUUAAGUGCUCUUCGUCGCAUGGAUUCUAGGAUGCAAUUUGAUAAAUCUACGUUGUGCAGAGAACGUAGGAUGGUGGCAGUCGCGUCCUAGAAUAUUAAACAUGUUUAAUAUUUCUCACGACGGCUUAAGACUGUCCCCGACAAUAAAUCGGGUCGGGCUGCGUCGGCUGACGCUGUCUGAGUUGUCCUUUACACUUUAGAUGUAGAUGAAUUUAAAAUGUAAUGAUGUAUAGUUACAUAUCAUUUAACAUAUUUUAACUAGAUUUUUAAAUCCAUUUUAAUAAAAAUCAAUAUUAAAUUUACUUUAUGCAUUUAUGGAAAAUUGGUGAAACUAAAGAUUCUUUAUUGUAUUAUUAAACAAUGUAGUGGUUGUUUAAUGUGCAAAGAUUUCAUGAGAUGAGGGUUGUAAUUGGCUGUUUAAUGAGAAGUUUAUGGCAUUGUAUGAAUAUCCAUCCAAGAAAAUUGAAGAUUGGAUUUUUGUUUAAAAACAUAAAAUGGCAGGAACUGAGAAAUUGAUGGGGAAUUUGUAUAUACUGAAAAAAAUAUUUGCUUCUGUACAUUUGAAAAACAAUGGUACAAAAUAAAUUGUUUUUAAAUGAAUUUUGUAUUGUACACAAAGCAUCAAUAAAGUUGUAAAUACUAUAUUUUAGCAAGCUAAGAAAAUAAUAAAAACUGCACAGGUUUUGGGUCUGGUUUAUCUUUAUUUAUCAUAAGUUGCAGACUCAAAAACAGCACACGUAAACAUUAAGUAUUUUCAUUGUCUACCUCUAAAAAAAGCAAAUAUUAAUUUUUAGUUUAUGUUUCAAGAGAAGGGUAUGUUAUUGAAGCAUGGAUAUGGGUAUGAAAAUUGUUAUUUAGCAUACUUUUGUUUUACCAAAUAAGUUAUUUAUGAAUUCUACUAUUAUAUAUAUGGUAUGUGAACAUUUCAGUUUAUAAUUUAAGUAAAACAAUUAUUUUAAUGUUUUGAGCAAUUUUAAAAAAAAUCACAAUAAAUGUAUUAUUAAUUUUGUUCAUUUUUGUUAAGUAUAGGUAUUAUCAUACUGUACAUUCUUUAAUUUUAGUCUUUCACUCAUUUGAGUUUUGAUUACUGUAUAAGGCAUAGUACUUAGAUGUUUCUUAGUAUAGAAAGAAGGAAGAGUAGUAUUAGCUAAUCUAUUUUUUUUGUAUUCCAGUUAAAUAUUAUUUAGCUUAAUUCCUUAUACAUAGUUUCUUCAUCUGCAAUAUUGUUUUGUAAUAGACCAGAUUUUAACUUUUAAUUUUAUUUUAUUCCAUAUUUUGUCAAAUUAGUCAAAAGUAAUACACACAAAUAACUUGCAUUGCACAUGUUUUUGUUGAUCAUAUUUUUGCACUAAUUUUUUUUUUUUUUAUUUCGUUUUUGAGUAUUUAUUUUGAGUAAGUAGAAAUCAUGGGUUUUGUUCAUUUGCAUUUGUAUGCUGAAAACAUUAUUGUGGUAUUUCGCUGUAUGGCGCUGUAUAAGGUGUAACAUGUGAAUCUAUGCAGAAUUUGAAUUUCAUGUGAAUAAACGUUGUUUUGUUGAAUUGUUUGUAUUUUGUGGACCUUCUCUUCCUGGCAGGUACCCCUUGUACAACUCAGUUGCUACUAAUGUAUAGUAAUAAAUUUGAAAAUAUGUUUUAAAAACAUAUCAAAUACAAAAAAAAAAUGCUUCAAACAUUAUUCCAGAGAAUAAAGUGAAUGCUAUUGAGA